AUGUCUUCAUCUUCCAAGUCGCGUUCAGCGCGGAUCAACUUCGCGUCUCUCACCCCGAACAAUCUUGGCACGGUCCGAAAACUCAACUCUGUCCUCUUUCCUAUCAAAUACAGCGAAAAGUUCUACCAGGAUAUUUUGCUACCCGAGGCUGAAGACUUUUGCAAACUUGUAUAUUACAAUGAUGUACCUGUAGGAACGAUCUGUUGCAGAUUUGAGACAAAGGACGAGGCCACGGAACUCUAUCUGAUGACCAUGGGAGUCCUGGCUCCGUAUCGAUCCCUUGGAAUCGGCUCCAAGAGUCUAGAGCUCGUUCUCCAAGCGGCAGCCGCGCACACCAAGCCCCAAAUCACCCGAAUAUACCUCCACGUUCAAGUAUCGAACGAUGCGGCAAAACAGUUCUACGAGCGACACGGGUUCACGGAGGCUAGUGUGGUUGAGGAAUAUUACAAAAAGAUUACCCCUAGCAGUGCUUGGUUGCUCGAAAAGUUUAUUGAACGGUCUGCGGAGGAGACGAAAUAA